AUGAGCGGUGGCGAUGGCGAAAGCAGCUACGCCGCCAACUCCAGACUUCAAGAGAAGGCCAUACUCAAGUCAAGGCCGCAGCUUCAUGAUGCCGUGGAGGCAGCGCACGCCUUGUUGCUCCCCUCCGGGUCGGGCAAGGGCACGACGAUGGUGGUGGCCGACCUCGGCUGCUCGUCGGGGCCCAACACACUGCUGGUCGUCUCUGAGGUGCUCGGCGCGUUUGCCAGCCGCUGCGAGAAGAAGCCGGUGCACGUCCAGUUCUUCCUGAACGACCUCCCCAGCAACGACUUCAACCUCGUAUUCCGGUCCCUGGAGCUCUUCACCAAGGGCAAGGGAGCAACCUGGCCUCCCUACUACAUUGCCGGGUUGCCAGGCUCCUUCUACGCAAGACUCUUCCCUGACCGGUCCGUCCACCUCUUCUACUCCUACUGCCUCAUGAUACGCUCUAAGGUGCCCGCGGAUCUCGUUAGCGGCGCGAUCCUGAACCAAGGCAACAUAUACAUCUGGGAGACAACGCCGCCGUCAGUGGUGAAGCUGUACCAGGAGCAGUUCCUCGAGGACAUGUCGCUGUUCCUCAAGCUACGCCACACUGAGCUCGUGGCCAGCGGCCAGAUGGUUCUGACAUUCCUGGGCAGGAAGAACAGUGACGUUCUGCGCGGCGAGAUGAGCUACAUCUGGGGGCUCUUCUCCCAAGCUCUCCAGUCCCUAGUUCAACAGGGCCGUGUGGAGAAGGAGAAGAUGGAUUCCUUCAACCUGCCGCUGUACGCGCCUUCCAUUGACGAAGUCGGGGCAGUAAUCGAGCAGAGCGGACUGUUCGACGUCAACCAUAUCCAGCUCUUCGAGCCCAACUGGGAUCCUCAGGAUGACUCGGACGGCGAUGUGGUGCUUGACAGCGCCGAGAGCGGCGUGAACGUCGCCAGGACUGCGCGGGCCAUCAUCGGGCCCAUGCUUGUGCGUCAUUUCGGAGAGCAUGUAAUGGACGGUCUCUUUGAGAUGUACGCACGGAAUGUCGCGAACCACCUCGAGAAAGUGAAGACCAAAUACGCCGUCAUCCUCCUCUCCUUGAAGGCAAGGGACGCUGAGAACUAA